CCAGCGCCGGACCCGGCGGGGUUCUUAAAGGGGAACCUGCGGGGCGAGAGUUCGAAGCCGGUGGGAGGCCCGCCCGUCGGCGUCAGGAGGAUUAUUGCUUCGCCUUCCCUCUCUGCCUUGCAGACCGCAGCAGUUUCCAUGAACUGACCUGAUUUUAUUAGCAUCGCCCUUUCCCAAGCAAGUCCUGCAGUUGCUGGAGAAAUUAAGUAGUGAACGAGAAUGUCUUUAUUUAAAGCCCGUGAUUGGUGGUCUGCUGUUCUGGGGGAAAAAGAAGAAUUUGAUCAAGGCUGUUUGUGUUUAGCCGAUGUUGACAAUACUGGAAAUGGACAAGAUAAAAUAAUUGUGGGUAGCUUUAUGGGAUACCUCCGAAUCUUUAACCCCCAUCCUGUAAAAACAGGAGACAGAGCACAAGCUGAAGAUUUGCUCCUGGAAGUUCAUCUACGAGAUCCAAUACUACAAGUGGAAGUGGGAAAGUUUGUUUCAGGUACUGAAAUGCUUCAUUUGGCUGUGUUGCAUUCUAGAAAACUUUGUGUCUACUCUGUCUCAGGAACCUUGGGUAACGUGGAACAUGGGAACCAAUAUCAGAUCAAACUGAUGUAUGAACAUAACCUCCAAAGAACAGCCUUCAAUAUGACUUACGGAUCUUUCGGUGGCGUGAAAGGUCGAGAUUUAAUUUGUAUCCAGUCUAUGGAUGGGAUGCUGAUGGUGUUCGAGCAGGAAAGCUAUGCCUUUGGGAGGUUUCUCCCUGGUUCGCUCUUGCCUGGCCCUCUGGCCUACAGUUCCCGAACAGAUUCUUUCAUUACUGUCUCCUCCUGCCGACUGGUGGAAAGUUACAAGUACCAAGUACUUGCUUUCGCAACGGAUGCAGAUAAAAGACAGGAGACUGAACAGCAAAAACUUGGUUCUGGAAAAAGACUUGUCGUAGAUUGGACUCUCAAUAUUGGAGAGCAAGCCCUUGAUAUCCGUAUUGUGUCUUUCGAUCAGUCAGCAUCUUCUGUUUUUGUUCUCGGUGAAAGAAACUUUUUUUGCCUGAAGGAUAAUGGACGGAUUCAGUUCAUGAAGAAGCUGGACUGUAGUCCAGGCUGCUUUCUCCCCUACUGCUCAGUUUCUGAAGGAACAGUAAAUACUUUGAUUGGAAACCAUAAUAGCCUGUUGCACAUUUAUCAGGACGUGACACUGAAGUGGGCCACUCAGCUCCCCCAUGUUCCUGUGGCCAUAAGAGUGGGCUCGUUACAUGAUUUAAAGGGAGUGAUAGUCACUCUGAGUGAUGAUGGUCACUUGCAGUGUUCAUACCUGGGGACAGACCCUUCUUUGUUCCAAGCUCCAAAAGUUGAAUCCAGAGAACUAAACUAUGAUGCACUUGAUAUGGAGUUGAAAGAACUUCAGAAAAUCAUCAAAGAUGUGAACAAGUCACAAGGUGUUUGGCCCGUGACUGAGAGAGAAGAUGACUUGACAGUUUCUGCCAUGGUUUCUCCUAACUUCGAUUCCGUGUCUCAAGCUCCUGACGUCGAAGUGGGAACUGACCUUGCCCCUUCAGUCACAGUGAAGGUAACACUGCAGAGCCGAGUGGCAUUACAAAAAGCCAAGUUAUCAGUCUAUGUGCAGCCACCUUUAGUAUUGUCACGUGACCAAUUCACUUUUGAAUUGAUGGCACCAGAGAUGACUAGAACAGUAGCCUUUUCUGUUUUUCUGAAAGGAAGUUAUGCGCCACCGGAACUGGAAGGAAAUGCUGUUGUUUCUUACUCCAGACCAACAGAUCGAAAUCCUGAAGGCAUUCCUCGAGUUAUCCAAUGUAAAUUUAGACUUCCCCUGAAAUUAAUCUGCCAGCCAGGUCAGCCUUCAAAAAUUGCAAGCCACAAACUAACUAUUGAUACCAACAGACCUCCAGUCAGCCUCCUCAGUCUCUUCCCAGGCUUUGCCAGCCAGUCAGAUGAUGAUCAGGCGAAUGUCAUGGGUUUUCGCUUCCUAGGCGGCUCCCAAGUCACUCUUCUUGCUUCCAAGACCUCCCAACGAUACCGCAUUCAGAGUGAACAAUUUGAGGAUCUUUGGCUCGUAACCAAUGAGCUUAUCAUCCGCCUUCGAGAACAUUUUGAAAACCAGGGAAUCAAAGAUUUCGCUUGUUCCUUUUCUGGAUCCAUGCCCCUUCAGGAGUAUUUCGAGUUGAUUGACCACCAUUUUGAGCUGCGGAUAAAUGGUGAAAAGUUGGAAGAACUCUUAUCUGAAAGAGCUGUGCAAUUUCGGGCCAUCCAGCGGCGGCUGUUAACAAGGUUCAAAGAUAAAACACCUGCCCCCCUCCAGCACCUUGACACCCUGCUGGACGGAACCUACAAGCAGGUAAUCGCUCUAGCAGAUGCCGUGGAGGAAAACCAGGACCGUCUGUGCCAGUCAUUCACCAGGCUGAGAAGUGCCACCCACCUGGUGAUCCUGCUGAUUGGGCUGUGGCAGAAGCUCAGUACCGACCAGGUGGCCAUCCUGGAAGCGGCGUUUCUGCCUCUGCAGCACAACACUCAGGAAUUGGGCUGGGAAGAGACAGUGGACGCUGCUGUAUCCCACCUCCUGAAGACCUGCCUGUCGAAGAGUUCGAAGGAGCAGGCCUUGAACCUCAGCAGCCAGCUGAGCAAACCCAAGGACACCAGCCGCCUGAAGAAGCACAUCACCCUGCUCUGCGACCGCUUGGCCAAAGGUGGCCGGCUGUGCCUGAGUGCGGACGCGGUGGCCCCGCCCACCAUGGUCAUGCCAGGUGGCUGUGCUCCGAUCCCAGAGUCAGACCUAGAAGAAAGAUCAGUAGAACAAGACUCCGCUGAACUGUUCAGCAGCCACAAGCACCUCAUUGCAGAGAUGCCCCUGCCUGAAGUCUCACCCCUCCAAGGAGUCUCGGAGUAGCUCACGUAGAGGUGUCCGGUUGAGGGGAAGAUGGCUUUCCCCAGACUGAUGCUGUGAGGACCCCGUGCCCGGCACAGAUGUAGGGCUGGCCCAGGCGCUCCAUCUAGCUCACCUGUCUGGAGGGGACACUGUGUAGAGAUGGGGACCGGGACUUUUUAUUUUGCUAGGAGGACUCGUAGCACCACGGGCAAGUCCUUUGAAACUUCUCAGCAGGAAAGGAUGUUGCUGCGGCUUGGUCCUCUGUACAUUGGUCCAGCCACGGGAUACGGUGAGAUGACAUCUUUCGGGGACAGACUUUAUAACGCAGAGACCUAGAUCCAAAAUAAUUUGAUACCCAUUAUUUUUCACAGAAUUCUUAUACAGCACAUGUAUCAAGUUUAAUAAAACAUCUCAUUGUCAAACAA